AUUGUACUUGAAUACUCGACAGGCUUUGUGGCAGCCGUCACUUGUCCUGUGACCCUAGUAACUUCUAAAAUAGAGCGUCCGGUGCUGACUCGAGUCCCACUUGUUGACAGCGCACUUUCGGCUGUCGCUCACAACACAACAGUUUGACGCGCCGGAAGGCUGCGCGGCUCCAAAGACGCACCAAACUUACGCACAACUUUUUCUCGACAGAGGCGCUUUGGCGUGUCUCUGCUCAAACCGGCUCCGAACAAACCUGAAGCUCUUGAAACACAGACUGAAAACGAGCGAGUCCUGUCAUCUGCUGCUGAUCCGCGUGUGGGUCCUUUGUGCCUUACAACGUCCGUGUAGCAGCUAAUCAUCACCCCUGGACUCAAGUGCCACCUAAUCAGCGGAGGGGGAUGAGGAUGGUUGAGAGCCUGACGUUAGUUCUGCUUUGGACCUUGAGUUACCAAGCGGCUGGCCUUAAUAUUCCUUUGGAAGUGAAGCAGCCGCCGACCAUAACAUCUCAUUCAGAAACUCCUAUUAUUGUGCUUCCCCUUGACAACUCCGUUACCAUCACAUGUGAAGCCAGAGGAAAUCCACCCCCCAUAUACAGAUGGACAAAAGAUGGAGAGGACGUGACAUUAUCAAACAUCACAUCAAUAACAUCAGGCCCAACGAGUGGAGCUUUAAAGUUUCACGGCAUGGCCCUUCGCCAGGUUCAGGGCAAAUACAGAUGCUUUGCUUCAAACCAGCUGGGUACAGCCAUGACCAAUGACAUUGAGAUCAUAGUGUCUGGCAGUCCCAAGUUUCCGAAGGAAACAAUUCCUCCAGUUGUUGUCAAUGAGGGAGAUCCGGUCAUCCUGGAGUGUAAUCCUCCUGAAGCUGUUGUCCCUCGCCAGCUCUACUGGAUGACUCUUGGUCUGGAGCAUAUCAAGCAGGAUAAGAGGGUUUCCAUGGGAACAGAUGGCAACCUGUACUUUUCUAAUGCCUUAGAAAACGACAGUCGGCAGGAUUAUUGCUGCUCAGCCGCCUUCCCCAGGAUUCGCACCAUGGUCCAGCAAAGUCCCAUGGUUCUGGAAGUCAAAAGCAUGAAACCUGCUAAUGGCUCCUCUGCCGCAAAGUCCCCCCCAGCAAGAGCACCCAGCAUGCUGCUGCCCUCUGGUGUUCAGACGGAGAAGGUGCUGAUGAAGGGGGAGGAACUGCAGCUCGAGUGCAUAACAGCAGGCUUCCCCACGCCUGACGUGACCUGGAUGAAAAUGGGUGAAGAGCUGUCAGAUCGGACAAAACUGAGAAACUUUGACAAGCUGUUGACCAUAUCUGCUGUUGAAGAGACGGAUCAGGGCAAAUACAUGUGCACCGCUUCUAAUUCCGCUGGAAAGACUGUGCACUACUUUCGUGUGAUAGUGGAAGAGCCACCGAUAUGGUUGGGUGAUCCUCCUCAGGGCCAGAUUACUACCAUCGGGUCUGAUGUUCAUAUUAAGUGCUCAGUUGGAGGAACACCUCUACCAGAUAUAACGUGGAAAAGGAACGGAGAAUUAUUUAAAGAUGACUCUGAGAAUUACAAGCGAGUUCUCGAUGACACUGUGGUGCUUCACAACGCCAUGGAGGAGGACAGUGGUGUCUACCAGUGUGAAGCCUCCAACCGUCACGGAAGGAUUCUGGCCAACAUAAACAUCCUGGUCAUGAGUAAGCCUCCUCUGAUACUGACGAAGGACGUCCAGGAGUAUGCAGUGAUCCUGGGAAAUAACAUCCUCAUAAACUGCAGUGUUUUCAGCUCUCCUCCAGCCAGCAUUUCUUGGAUGAAAGAGGAGGCAGUCCUCACUGGGGAACGGUUUUCUGCCUUUGAUAACAACCAGUCGCUGAAAAUCAUGAAAGCUGAAACAAGUGACAGUGGGAAGUAUGAGUGUGUGGCCAAAAACACAGAGGGAUCAUCGAGUAUUACUGCACUUCUGGAUGUCAAAGAGCCCACAAAAAUAGUGAGUCCACCUCAGAACAAGCAGAUCAUCAGUGGGACUUCAGCUAAACUAGUGUGCGAGGUGACAUAUGAUAAAAGUCUGCAGGACAGCUUUGAGUUGGAGUGGAGGAAAGAUGGAGAAAAGAUCUCACCGUCUGAAGAGAACAGCUUCAGGUACAUCAGAGGUGAUCACAAAUUGCAGAUCAUGAACGUGAACCUGAGAGACCAGGGACUGUACACAUGCAUUGCCAGAACACGCUUGGAUGAGGUCAAUGCCACUGCCCUAAUAAUCGUGUUAGAUGUUCCUGAUGCGCCAGAGAGGUUAAAGAUAAUUGAAAUCAAGGAUUCGAGGAAUAUUGUUAUCUCCUGGACGCCUGGAAGUGAUCACAACAGCUCCAUCACAGAAUUCGUAGUGGAGUAUGAGGAGAACCAAUGGGAGCCAGGGAGGUGGAAGGAGCUAAAGAGGGUUCCUGGUAACCAGGCAACAGCGGAGCUGGCUCUGUUUGGAAACCUCAGGUAUCAGUUUAGAGUUUAUGCUGUUAAUGCCAUCGGGCCUGGAACCCCCAGUGAGCCAUCUGAGAGACACAGCACAGACCCUACUGUACCUGACAGGAAUCCAGAAAACAUUCAAAUUCAUGGAAAUAUCCCCUACCAAAUGGAAAUUAGCUGGAGUCCACUAUUACUGACUGAGUCCAAUGGACCAGGCAUUGAAUACAAGGUGAGCUACCGCAGACUGGAAGUGGAAGAUGCAUGGACAGAGCAGCUAGUCCAAAGACCCCUCUAUGUUGUGAAAGGCACGCCCGCCUUUACCCCCUACGAGAUCAAAGUUCAUGCCAGGAACAGCUUUGGGUGGGGCCCCGAGCCUAAGGUGGUCACAGGUUACUCUGGAGAAGAUACGCCAUCCACUGCACCACAGGACGUAGCAGUUGAGGUGAUCAACACUACUGCUGUCCGAGUUAGCUGGACCCAGGUUCCAGCUGCUACAGUUCGAGGUCAUCUCCAGGGUUAUGAAGUUCAGUGGGUGAGAACGAGAAAUUUCCUGGAUCGAGAGAAGACUUUAAAUGAAAAGCGGUCGGAGUCUUUUCCUGGAAACAGGAGUCACGCCAUUGUGGCAGGGCUCAAACCCUACUCAGAGUACAAACUCACUGUCAGGGUUGUCAACAAGAAGGGGAAAGGCCCCAUGAGUGAUCCUGUCACCUUCACUACUCCAGAAGGAGCACCAGGAUUGCUGCCCACCUUAACCGCCUCAGACUGCAGGGCAGAUUCUAUGCUGCUGGUAUGGGGACCACCUCUGGAGACAAACGGCAUCCUCUUCGGCUAUCACCUCCAGUACCACCUCUUAAAUGAGAGUACGAAGGAGGUGAUUGAUUCCCAAGAGAUGAACAUCACCGGAGCUGACAUCACCCAGUGGCGACUUACAGGAUUAAACUCGGGCAGCCGCUACCGCAUUCACCUCAGAGCCUGCACUAAAGCGAGUUGUGGACCUCCACAGUCAAAGGAGGGCGAGACUUUACCUACACUGAUUCCAGCCCUGUUGAACAUAAGCUCUUAUGUGAGUGACACCUUUGCCAAAAUCAGCUGGACUGCCACAGAAGAGCAGAGGGAGUUGCAGCUUUAUGUGGCUUAUAUGAAUAACCGUGAUGGUAAAUGGCAUUUCUCAGAGGCUAUAAACGUUUCUCAAAGUUUCCACAUCAUUGAUGGGCUCAAACCUGGGACGAAGUACACUGUACGCCUCAUGGCCAAGAAACUACUUGAUAAUGCUAGCUUUUUCGAAGAUGUAAUCCAGACACAAAUCAAAGGUAAGAUUGAAGACCCAAAGGACGCUUCAACGACGGGCUGGAUUAUAGGGACCAUGUGUGCUUUGGCCCUGCUUGUCAUUGUUGCACUCAUAUUUUUUUGUCUAAUGAAGAAAAAAGGUGGCAAAUAUGCAGUGAAAGAGAAGGAGGAUCUCCACUGUGACACGGAGUCACAAGGAAUGAUGGAUGAAUGCAGUGAAAAAAAGCAGCAGAAGGAUUGCACUUUCUUCCCCCUGGAUGAUAACAGCGUUUUAAACUACACAGAAGAAGACGACGACGACGCAUUCAACGAGGAUGGAUCUUUUAUUGGAGAAUACUCUGAUCCAAACCGCCGCAAAGGAUCAUAUGAAUCCCUCGACAUCCCUAGAUUCAAACACACUGCAAUAUAAUUUUUUUAUCUGCCUCUUUGAUAUGCAUAAUAGUUCUGACAGACAAAAAUGUGAAACAAGAAUUUAAUUUGGGAAAAAAUCUUUUGAACUGGAAAAUGUUUUUGAAAGGACACACAUCUUUAGUUGAGCAUUUGGGUCUGUGUAUAUAUUGUAAAAAAAUGAUUGUAAUAAAUUUUAUGAUCUUUUAUAUUGAAAAAUACUUUAAUACUAUUUUUACAAACUUUUGCACAAUGAAUCAAAUGUCAGUUCAGUCGUGGUUUGCACUGCAGGAUGUUUAUAUUUACCAAGCUCCCUGUCCAGAGGAAUUUUCCUGUUUGUGAUAAAAUAUUCUGUCUAUUGGUCUGUUUUUUGUGUCUGCAGGAGUUUGGAGUUCUUUCAUUUACAAGUUUUACCAACAUUUGUGGGAUUUUUUUCACGAUAAAGAUAUGAAUGUGUUUUUUAAAACUCAAUUUAUUUUCUCUUUAAAAAAACGAUGAAAAGAAAUAAACUUCAACAAAAUUGGAUUUUGAUAAAGAUGUUUUAGCAGAAGGGAAGGGCAUUAGACUUUUAAGGUUUAUCAUAAAAUCUGAAACACACCUGAAAGAUAACAUUGAAUCACUGAAUAAAGAAUAUUUUCGUUUGUGUUUGUAUAUGCACAUCGUUUGUUCCACACAUUGAGCUCACACCAUUCUAAAUAUGUCUUUUUUUAAUACAUUUUUUUAAAUUUGUACCAUUGUUUCUUUUUUAUUUUAAUUAAUUUAUCUUUUGCUUAUUUCAAAUGAGUUAUCUUCAAACAAAACAUAAUGAGUUGUGGAUACUAAAUUAUUUUUAAUGAAUAGCAAAAGAAAAAAAUAUUUUUGAAUACAUUAUUCAUAUCUCCCUAUGGAUAAUCAGCAGAAUAAAAACAAGGUUUAAAGAUCAAAUAUGAAAGUUAUAAUCACUCAAAGCCAAGAUGGAGCACAUUUUUAAAAAGAAGAAAAGAAACAGCCACAUUUAGUUCAAGGUUAUGCACCUUUAACAAGUAAAAAAAAAAAUUAUAAUCAAAUGUCUUUAUAAUUUUGCUUUUUAUUUUACCAACUUAUUCAAUCAAAAGUUAAUCAUGUUCUAAUGUAUUUACUGUAGAGGCUUCAGAUUUUAGUAACUUUUUUUUGUUGUUUUAGUCUCUGAAGUAAAAUUUUUACUCCUCUUGUAUUAAAACUUAUUUAACCAAAAGUAAAUAUUAAUCCCAAUUCUGACAUAGUUGAACUAUGGUACUUGGGGUAAAA